AUGGCAAAGAAGACUAAAAAGAACCUGACCAAGGAGCAGGAGCAAGCUGCGCAGCAGCUGGACGACCUCGGGAACAGACUCCAACUGAUCUACGGGAUCGUGGCCAGCGGCACGAACGACCUGCGGGCCACGCCGUACGAACUUAGCGAUUGCAUCACCCUGACAGACUCGGUCGGUGAUUUAGCUACCAUCAUCGGCCCAACCCAGGACGCCAUCGAGUACUACAAUCUCAUCGGCAAGAUCUCCGAUCUGCUGAAGAAGCAACAGAACAGCACCAGCAGUGUGCCCACGGUGCAGACAUCGGCCACCAGCCAGGCUCCGGCCAGUGUGGUGGUCCGACCGGCUAUCUGCACAGUCCAACCCUUUGAUGGCUCUCCUGCUCGCUAUAAGCAGUUUGAGCAGCUCUUCGAGGACAUCAUCGAGAGCGACGGCGGCUAUUCUGACGCCGAGAAGUUUGUUGCCUUCAAAAAUCUGGUCGGCCAUCACGGAGACCAGUUCAUCAGCAGCCUGCGCCCCAGCAGUGGUGGGCUGCAAAAAGCCAAAGAGCGCCUUAAGCGCUACUACGAUGACCCCGUCCUCGUACGGGAGGACGCUACGGAGAAGAUCAAGAAGCUGGAAGCCGUCGACUGGGCCUCUACCCCUUCUUUCAAACUACGUGCCACGUCAAACGUCCUUGAGGAGGCUGUCCAGUCGCUCAAGGACUGCAACACCGACCCAAACUACCUGGGCGAUACCGUUUUCACCCUGAUCGGAUCUAAGCUCCCUCGCGACGUGAUGGCCCGCUACAAGCGCGGCAACCGAGCCGGAAGAGAUGUCGAGGAGCUUGUGAAGCUUUUCGCGGAAGAAGUAGAGCUUCAAACUGAAGUGAACGACGCUCGACGCCAGCCAGGAGCCAAAGUGCUGAAGCCGACCACGAUCCAAACUAAACCGAAGCGGGUGUCUGUCAAUGCAAUGACUACCCCAGUGUCUUCUCAAACCAGCGGUCCACCAGGGCCCUUCUCAACUACUACCUCUUCUCUUUCUCCCCCUACUACUACUACUUCUUCUUCUACCAUUAUAAAUAACAACACUAACACCCGUUCCCCUGCAGUGUGCCUCUUCUGCAACGACUCUCACGCCACCAUCUUCUGUAACCAGCUCGACGCCGGCACACGUCGAAUGAAGGCCAGCCAGCUGGGGCUGUGUUUCCUUUGCCUGCGCAAGGGUCACAGUGUGAGCGUGUGCCGAUCGAAGUUUGUCUGCCGUUGCGGACAACGCCACGCUUCAGCGAUCUGCACCCACCAGUCGGUGCCUAUCGUCCAGCAGUCUCCACCAAGUCCCCACCAACAAACGCAGGCUCCACAGCAGCCGCUGCAGUCCAGUUUUCAGCAGCAGCAGCCGAGCAGCCAGCAACAGAAACCGAAGCCGAACAACAACAACAACUGCCCACCAUCGGCUCAGACGGGCGCAAAGACGCCAGCGAUCACGAGCGGCAGUCAACAGCCCUCAGGAGUCCCCGUCAUGAGCGCUUUGGUCAGCAACAGGCAGAAAGUGACUAAGAAGGAGCCUUCCCAAACGACCUUCUACAAAACGGUCUUGGUGGAGGUCAGCGGGCGGAAAGUCCGCGCACUUCUCGACGAUGCCGCUGGGCGCUCAGUGAUCAGUGAGCGUCUAGCUGACGAACUGAACCUGCCCGACUCAAGUCCGGCCAACAUCAAUUUCACCUCGCCACUGAUCACCGGCCAGGGCCAAAACAGUGAGCGCCGAGUGACUGUGGCGAUGAAGUCCACGACCAGCGGCUACAACUUUGCUGUCCAAUGCAAUGUGGUCGCUCAACUGAACCCGAUGACGCUCGAAGCAAUCUCGCCCAGCGUCAAAGCGAAGCUUGCUAGCCAGGGCUACAGCAUCGCCGACAUUGACUCGACCGAGCAGCAGCAGUACCCUGUUGAACUGAUCAUAGGCAUACCAGAAUGCCUCGACCUGGUGCUGUCCUCGCCUAAGAAAUGGCAGAAUGGACUGUACCUGAUUGAGACCGGUUUCGGCUGGACCGUCUCCGGGCUGAGUGGGCUCGUGGAGUCCCUCCGACGUGAGUCCAAGUACAAUGACCAGUACCUGAACUUCCUCUUUACCACUGAUGAUCAGCUCCAGCAGCAACAAUCACUCUCUACCACCUUCAGUGACGGACCAACCAAGGAAGAGAAGGCCUACGUGGCAAAGUACCAGCAGGAAAAGCUGGAGUACAAGGACAACAAGUACACCGCCGGAUUCCCAUGGAUCAGCGGCUUCGACCUCGCAGACAAUUACCAGAUCGCCUACUCACGUUUUGUGCGACUGGUGAGAAGUCUGAAGAGUCGAGGCUUGCUCGACAUGUACGAGAAGGCGAUCCGCGAACUGAUCAACAACUUCGCGGAGGUUGCCCCACCAGUCGAACCCAACUCGCCCAAGAGGGUGUACUACCUGCCCCACCACGCAGUGUACCGACCUGACAAACCGACCACGCCCGUGCGCGUCGUCUUCGACGGCUCUUCCCACGCCACCGGGGAGAGCCCGUUAAAUGACUGCAUGUUCAAGGGCGCCACUGAUUGGGACGCCGUCCGACUAUUGACUCAGUUUCGGUUCGGUGACACUGCAGUGGUGUCUGACAUCUCCAAAGCUUUCCUCAUGAUUGACGUUCAUGAGGACGAUCGCGAUGCCCUCCGCUUCGUCUGGAGCGACGAAGGAGGCCGACCCACCACCUACCGCCUGACGUCAGUUCCGUUCGGGACCAGCGCCAGUCCGUUCAUUCUCUAUGCCGUACUGCAGGCCCACUACGACCGCCACUCUGCUGACUUCGGCGACGUGGUGCCAGUGGUCCGCGGCCGACAGUACGUCGACGACACCAUGCUGACCUUUUUCGGAAAAUCCACCGAUGAGCUGAACGCCUUCUGUCAGCGGUUCACCGAGCUGAUGGCUAAGGCCAACAUGAAAAUGUCCAAGUGGCAUUCGAACGACCUCGAGCUCAACCGCCUCUGGGCAUCCGACGACGCGACCAGCAGCAAGGUGCUCGGUCACAAAUGGGAGCUACCUCCUGACACGCUGUCACUGACCAUUGGCAUCGAUGAACGUCAGUUACCGACCAUCAUGACCAAGCGGACGUUCGCCUCAGUGCUGGCGUCCAUCUACGACCUGAUCGGCAUUGCGGCUCCUUUCGUGGUGCGUCUACGAAUGGAGCAGCGUCACCAGUGGUCCCAAGGCUACGAGUGGGACCAGCCGUUCGAACCAGAGUACCAACAACAACUCGUUGACCUGCUGGCAGACGUUCGACUUGUCAACCAGCUGACCAUCCCUCGAAACGCCGUCGAUGACCCAGGCGGCACCAACAACCUGAUCAUCUUUGCCGACGCUUCUCUGUCCGCCUACGGUGCAGUGGCUUACUGCUACACCGCUGACCGCAGCACCUUCCUGAUGGCCAGAGCCAAACUGGCAAAGAUCAACCCAAAUAAAACUAACAGCGACACGAUUGUCGAGCUCGAGCUGAAGCGACACACAGAUCCUCAGCGACUCGCUGAUCAACCUGAAGCGACUGGCCAAACACCCGAACAAGUCAGAGCCGGCGUUAGCCAUCCGACUAUCAAACCUGAAGUCGAUCAUCAAUGCGACCUACCACCACGUGUCCACUGA